AUGGAUGAUGAAAUCGAAGACGGAGACAACGUCGAAGAAGAUUAUUAUGCUUUUUUAAAUAUAUCUAGAGCAGCAACUAAUGAAGAAAUUAGCAAUGCAUACAGAAGAUUAAGUAGAGUUUAUCACCCCGACAAGCAUUUAGAACCGGAAAAAAAAAAGCAAGCAGAAAAUUUAUUUAACAAAACCAAAAGGGCAUAUGAAGUUUUGAGUGAUCCUCAUCAAAGAGCCAUUUAUGAUUCUUUAGGUGUGCAAGGUUUGGAAACUGAAGGAUGGGAAAUUAUUCAAAGAACUAGAACUCCACAAGAAAUCAGAGAAGAAUAUGAAAGGCUGGCAAGAUCGAAAGGUUUUCCAAACAUUGAAAUAUCUGGUAUGUCAUUUGCCCACUCUAUUGAAGCUCCAAUUACAACCAAAGAUACGGUCACAUUAUCAGGAAACCUAGCUACUCACAAUGGAACAGGGAGUGGUGCAGUUAAUGUUGCUCUUAGAAAGGUUGUGUCUGAAAAGUCAUGGGUCGAAUGUGGGUUAGGAGCGGGAGAUGGUCCUACAUUUAGUAUUAAGGGUUUUCGAACUCUUACUAAGCGACUUUUCGGUACUGUAAUUACUCUUUUUCAAUACACACCAUCGGGAAUAAGGCCUGGUUUAGUUACAUCUUUAAGUUACCAGUUGGAUAAACAUGUUAUGGGUGAUUUAACAUGGAGAGCUGGGAUUCAAAGUUCAAUGUCAACUUCCAUUCAUAGAAAUACAGAAACCUCAUUAACUAGUUUAACCCUUCUUUUCGGUGUUCCUCAUUCUUAUAUUUCACUUAGUUAUUCUAGAAAAUUUUAUGAAAAUGAAAAAACGCUGAAAUUAAAAAUUGCUGUCAAAGCUGGAACCUUUGGAGCACUAUUGGAAUAUGGAGCUGAAAAACAAGUUUCGAAACAAUCAGCAGUAUCAGCUUCUGUAAUGGUAGGAAUUCCGACAGGAGUUACUCUUAAACUCAAGUUAAAUCGAGCGAAUCAAACUUAUAGUUUUCCAAUAUUGCUUUGCGAAGAAAUUUUACCUAGUCCUGUAUUUUAUGCCACAAUCACACCAUUGUUUUCAUGGGUUUUGAUUAAAAAGCUUAUCAUUGAUCCAAUAAGGCAAGAGCAACAUUUGCGAAAUAAAGAAAAGCAAAAACAGGCAAACAAAUCUAGAAUGGCCGAAUUGCAACGGGAAGCUAAAGCAGCUAAAGAACUUAUGAAAGCCACCGUUUCAAGAAUUCGAAGUGAGGAAGAAAGUAAAAGAGGAUUAAUCAUUGUUCAUGCAACUUAUGGUCGCACAACGGCACAGUCAAGUUACGCAGCUGCCACCGAUCAAGAAAUAGAAAAUUCUCUAGAUUUAGAAAUUAUUGAUGUUACUAUUCAACUCCAAGUUUUGGUUAAGGAUUCGAAACUAUUUUUGCACGAGUCGUCAAAGAGUCAACUUCCAGGUUUUUAUGAUCCUUGCGUGGGCGAAGAAAAAAGUUUAUUUGUACAAUAUUUAUUUCACAACGUUCUCCAUCAAGUUUCGGUUAAGGAUACUGAGCCACUAAGGUUACCGAAAAACUGUAAGUAA